CCUCACACAGGGCAGACACCCCCUCAGACCCUCCCCUGCCCCAGCCUGGGCUCCCCGAGGUGGACCCGUGGCUGCCCCGUCAGCCCCACCUCGUCCCUCUGCUCUCCCUCAGCUGUCUUGGCCGCUGUCUGCAUCCUCACGCUCCUCUGCUCACACGGAGCCCCAGUGUCCCCCAUGGGCGCCCACCUGAUGCUGUGCCAGCCGCACCUGACCUGUGGGGACAAGUUCUAUGACCCUCUGCAGCACUGUUGCUAUGACGACGCUGUGGUGCCCUUGGGCAGGACCCAAAAGUGUGGCAACUGCACCUUCAGGGUCUGCUUCGAGCAGUGCUUGCUUCUGGUCACUCAGACCCCUGGAGUCCUUCAUGGUGAAGGUGAAAGGCCAGAGUUGCUCCUUGGACCUGUCCCCGGAUGA